GCAGAGCAUUCCAAACUUACAAAAGACUACUAAGCGAAAGACACCCUGCAGAAGAUUACAGAGCUGCAAUACAAUUAUUAGGAAGACCAACAUCUUAUGAAGACUUCUUUAACAAAUUAGAACAAGUAUAUGAUUCUUACAAAGAAGGACAA